GUUACUCCCUGGCCUGGGUGCCCCUGGGGGCUCAGGGGGCUCUGGCCUUGGGGUCCCCCCGGUUCCGGCACGUCGGGCGCGUCCUCCUCGCGCUGCCCCGGCCCGGCGGCACCUGGAGGGUCGUGGCAGAGGCCUCGGGGCCGCAGGUGGGCUCGUACUUCGGGGGGUCUCUGCUGUCCCUGGACCCCGACGGGGACGGUCGGGCCGAGGUUCUGCUCGUGGGGACCCCCCUGUUCCACGGGGGGGGCGGCGGCGGCCGCGUCGACCUCUGUCACCUGCGCGGGCAG